GAUGCGGAGCUUACUGCUCCCACAGUGGAGAAUGUUCGUGUGGUGGUUCGCGUUCGUCCAAUGGACCAGCGGGAGAAGCUUGAGGGUUCUCCCAAUUGUGUGUCUGUGGACCCUGUCAAUAACACAGUUGCAGUCACAAGAAAUAACGUAACACCACCUGAGCCACCUCGGAUUUAUGCUUACGAUGCUGUAUACGACAGUAACACCAGUCAGAUGGACAUAUACGUGCAAACCGCCAGCCCAAUUGUGGAGGAAGUGCUGCGCGGUUACAACGGCACUAUAUUCGCGUACGGACAGACCGGCACGGGCAAGACGUACACUAUGGCCGGCGCUAACUCAGCGCCAGAACUGCGCGGGAUCAUACCGAACUCAUUCGCGCACAUAUUCAGCCAUAUCGCGAAAGCUAACGACGACGAGAAGUUCCUGGUAUGCGUGACCUACUUGGAGAUUUACAACGAGGAGGUACGUGAUCUACUCGGCAACAACCCGCAUCAGAGCCUGGAGGUCAAGGAGCGGCCUGAUAUUGGCGUGUUUGUCAAAGAUCUUACGGGUUACGUGGUCCACAAUGCGGAUGAACUGGAGAAGAUAAUGGCGGUCGGUAACAAGAACAGGCAUAUCGGUGCGACGGCUAUGAACACGGAGAGUUCCAGGUCUCACGCGAUAUUCAGUAUCACCGUGGAGUCAAGUAAGCGAGGCAGCGACGGCAAGGUGCACGUCAAGAUGGGGAAACUGCACCUUGUGGAUUUGGCUGGCUCUGAACGUCAGAGCAAGACACAAGCCACUGGCACUCGUCUCAAAGAAGCGACCAAGAUUAACCAGUCCCUGUCGGUGCUGGGUAAUGUGAUAUCAGCUCUAGUUGACGGCAAAUCCACUCACAUACCGUACAGGAACUCGAAGCUCACGCGUCUGCUGCAAGACUCGCUCGGCGGCAACUCGAAGACCGUUAUGAUAGCAACAAUAGGUCCAGCUGAGACUAACUACGUGGAGACCAUAAGCACAUUGCGAUACGCUAAUCGAGCUAAAAAUAUAGAGAACAAAACUCACGUCAAUAACGAGCCCGGGGAUGCGUUACUCACUAGAUUCCAACAAGAGAUUGAUCAGCUUAAGAAACAACUAGAGGAUACUGCGAAUGAUAUAGAAGAAGACGAAGAAGAAUGCGAGAAGUCUGAAGAGGAGUUAUCAGAUGAUACCCUCACUGAACCGGAGAUGGACAACCUCGACCCUGAGGAGAAGAAGACUCGUAGGAAGAUGAGACGAGAGGAGAAGGAGAAAUUGAACCGUGAGAAGGCUCACCAGGCACGGAAAGUUCUAGAAGAGAAGAAAGCCGAGCUCCAGAGGACGAAGAAACAACAGGAAGAGCUCAAAGAAAAACUUCAACGUCUCGAAUCCAAAGUACUCGUGGGUGGGGAGAAUCUUCUAGAUAAAGCGGAUACACAGAGGAGACUGUUAGAACAAGCGGCCAGUGAAUUGGAACAGAGGCGCCUCAACGAGCUGAGGCUGCAGCAGGACUUGCAAAAGAAAGAGGCCGAACGUUUAGAUUUGGAGGAGCGUUACUCCAGCUUGCAAGAGGAGAACGCAGCGAAGACUAGGAAACUGAAACGCGCUGUACAACUGCUGAACUCAGCGAAGGCUGAACUGGCCGAUCAACAGAGGGAACAGCAGAGGGAGAUGGAGGGCAUCUUGGACAGCGUCAGGGCACUAAAGAGGGAGAUACAGCUGGCCGAUCUGGUCCUGGACUCUUAUAUACCUAAGGAGUAUCAGGCGUUGAUAGAACAGUACGUACACUGGAACGAACAGUUGGGUGAAUGGCAAGUCAGAUGUGUGGCGUACACCGGAAACAAUAUGGCGACCGUUCAGCACACGCCCCCACCAAAACACAUGGAGCCACCGGACUUAUCGAGUCGUUACUUAUCCUACGCGACUGUGAACAGUAGACCGGCAACCAGACUAGCGAGACCUCACACCGCCGUACCCAGACCACAGACCGGGAUCAGGCAGAGACAGUAGACCGAAUAUGACUACUAUACAGCCGGUUGCACAAACGUCUAUUAAAAAUGUGAUUAAUUUAAACAGACAUUACCCAUACAAAUUUGGCAUUCAUUAGCGCUUAAAGGCGUCACUAAAUCUUAAUGUACGUUUGUGUAAUUGACCAUUAGUCCGUUUCAUAUAGCAUGGGUACGGUGGCGUUUGUUAGCAGAUCCAUUUCACGCAAUUUGUAUUUCGAUAUAAUUUAAAACCAUCGUUAUAAACAAUAGUUUGACUGUGUAUAUAUUAGAUAUUUAUUUAAAUUUGCAUAUUAUAAUGCAAAUAAAAAAAUUUCAUAUAUUUUGCUUAAGAACUUUAUAUACACAUUUAUUAUUUCAAAUUUAAACGAGAUUUUUUGCCUUCAUAAAUAUCUGCAUAAGUCAAUAAGUUUGAAUGGAAACUUGCCUGUACUGGCUUGAAUUUCCCCUCCAGGCCCUCUAGCUACGCCACUAUGUAAUACUAACAUUUUUUUUAAACUAAUAAUGAUCUCAACAUUCUUCAUUACACUAGGGUAAACUACUGGUAAUUAUUUAUAAUAUAGGUAGAUUAGAUAUACACUAUUGCUCACAUAUAAUUAUUAAAAAUAAAUUAACAAUCUUCUUUCUGAUGCUAAGGUCUUAUCGCUAAAAGUAAUCUCUUAAAGAAGUAUAGAGAACAAACAAUCUGUUAUGAUCAAAUGAAAUAUAUAAUAAAAAGUAGCAUCUGCUACUAUGUAUUACACAUAUCUGUUUGUUACAAAUCAUACAACUAUCGCAUAUAGUUAUCGCAUUGCUUAUUAUAAUAUUAAUAAUACUUCAAAAACAGUAGUAGGCCAAUGCUAUGGUAACUUAUAUAUACUAGAAAUCAUUAAAAAAAAACAACAUAGACGCUAAACUUAUAGAAUAAUCAGUAACAAAGAAAUUUCAUUGACGUCUUAGUGUAAAAUCAAUUUAACUAUAACAUAACCUAACGUUACUGGUAGUUUAUUCUAUUGGUAAUUUAAGAAAAGAAACUUUAUGAUACUCUGAUGGUGAUACCAAGUGUCUGACUCGAUGUAUGUGGAAAUGAACCUUCGAGCACCGGUAGACUAACAAUUUCCAGUUAUAGAACGGCCGCCG